CUCGCCCCUUCUCUUCAAUGCUUUCCAUUAUGGCUUCUCCGAUCGCCUAAUUGAUCAAAAGCCAAACAUCAAAACGGAUAAUUUCUUAGAACCUAAACUUCGACCCGGAAAAAAGUCCAGACCCGAUGGCUCGACGAUCCAUUCCAAUCCUGAAGAAACUGCUCUCUUCAUCAAACAAUCCCUCUCCAUCUUCCAGACUCACUUCUUAUAGAUCCGUGACUUACAUGCCCAGACCCGGUGACGGCGCUCCACGCGCUGUAACCCUAAUUCCUGGCGAUGGAAUCGGCCCUUUAGUAACCGGCGCCGUUGAGCAAGUGAUGGAGGCGAUGCACGCACCGGUUUAUUUCGAACGCUAUGAGAUUCACGGCGACAUGAAAAAGGUGCCGCCGGAGGUCAUCGAGUCGAUUAAGAAAAAUAAGGUUUGUUUGAAAGGAGGAUUAGCAACUCCCAUGGGCGGUGGUGUUAGUUCCUUGAAUGUGCAGUUGAGGAAAGAGCUUGAUUUGUACGCUUCGCUCGUUAAUUGCUUUAAUUUGCCUGGAUUGCCAACCCGCCAUGAAAAUGUUGAUAUUGUUGUGAUUAGGGAGAACACUGAAGGAGAAUACUCUGGUCUCGAGCACGAGGUCGUUCCUGGUGUUGUUGAAAGCCUUAAGGUGAUAACAAAGUUCUGCUCUGAGCGUAUUGCCAAAUAUGCUUUUGAGUAUGCGUAUCUGAACAACAGGAAGAAAGUGACUGCUGUGCAUAAGGCAAACAUCAUGAAGCUUGCAGAUGGUUUGUUCUUGGAAUCUUGUCGGGAAGUCUCUUCAAAAUAUCCUGGAAUCAAAUAUAAUGAAAUUAUUGUGGAUAACUGCUGUAUGCAACUUGUUUCAAAGCCAGAGCAAUUUGAUGUCAUGGUGACACCUAAUCUUUAUGGGAAUCUUGUUGCAAAUACAGCUGCAGGUAUUGCUGGUGGCACGGGAGUCAUGCCAGGAGGCAAUGUUGGUGCUGAUCAUGCUAUUUUUGAGCAAGGUGCCUCAGCAGGAAAUGUGGGCAAUGAGAAAAUAGUGGAAAAGAAAAAGGCAAAUCCAGUGGCGCUGCUUCUCUCAUCUGCUAUGAUGCUCAGACAUCUUCAGUUCCCUUCAUUUGCAGAUCGAUUAGAAACUGCUGUGAAACGGGUAAUUUUAGAGGGAAAGUAUCGAACGAAAGACCUAGGAGGAACAAGCACUACCCAAGAGGUUGUCGAUGCAGUCAUAAGUGCUCUAGACUGAUCGAGUAGAUACUCAUUUAGCUGCAGACCUUACUAAAUCAUUUGCAGAGCCAAACAUGAUAUUCUUUAUGACACUUCUAUUUCCAACAUUUCCUCAUUGCUGCUUUCACCGUUGAGAUCAUCAUUUCCUUUUUUGUUUAAAUAAUCUCAAAUGGAGAUAUGACAAAAAUGCAUUUGUUAAUCGAGUUAAAUACCUGUAUAGGGAGGAGGUCAAAUUCUGUGUUUGCUGCAAUUAUCAAGUUCACCUUUAUAUUUGAAUUAAGUGAAGUCAUGACCAUAUUCGAGGGAAGUGGAUCUUGAAUAUGGUUUUUUGGUAUUUUUUUAGCUUUUUCACUUUCCUGUUCAGUGAAGGAUUGUGAUGCCCGAGGAUUUUUGUGAAACUGUGUUUCUGUUUUCUUGCAUGUUUAGCAUAUUGGGGAUAGAGAAAAUCCUGUCAAAAUAAUAAAAUGACAAUUAGUAACCAA